AUGGCACCAGAAAAGCGGACGUCAUCUGGUCGUCGCGACACGCUCCUCGACGAGGACGAUGACGUCGACGCCAUCUCUCCCAAGCGCAUGCGCACCAACGCUCGCGACUCCACAGCAAACGACACAACUCCAAGACGGUCAUACGUCCGAGGCUCAGCGAGACCCGUCCCACUCGCCAAUGCCUCGGACUCGGAUGGCGUUGUCACUCCCGACGAAGACGAGGCAGAUGCGCAGCAAGAGCAAGACGAGCACGAUGAAGACGAAGAUGAAGAUGACGACGAGCAGGACGAGAUCGACUCGGACGAGGAUCGAGCCGAAGAGGAGCGUCGCCAGGCCGAAGCCGACCGCGGGUACGCCCAGUCCGGCAUCGUCGAAAAGAUCGAGCUUCGCAACUUCAUGUGCCACGCCAACUUCUCCAUCGAACUCAGCCCCACGCUCAACUUCAUCAUGGGCCGCAACGGAAGCGGCAAGAGCACAAUCCUCACCGCGCUCAUGAUCGCACUCGGUGGCAAGACCAGCUCCACAAACCGCGGCUCCAGCCUCAAGGACCUCGUCAAGAAGGGUGAGUCCUCUGCCACCAUCACCGUAACCGUCCGCAACCAGGGCAGCGACGCUUUCCGUCCAGAAGCAUACGGCGACCACAUCGUCAUCGAACGCCGCAUCCUCGCAGACGGACCCGCAACCUGGAAGAUGAAGGCCGCCAACGGCAGGGUCGUUGCCACCACAAAGUCAGAGCUCGAAUCCUUCUGCGACUUUGCCAACAUCCAGCCCGACAACCCCAUCCACAUCCUCACCCAGGACACCGCACGUCAGUUCCUCGGCAGCUCCGAUCCUUCCGAGGUCUACAAGUUCUUCCUCGAAGGCACCCAGCUCAGCCAGCUCGUGCGCGAGUACACCCUCAUCGAGAAUCACAUCAGCGGCAUGAGGUCCGCCUUGGCGCUCAAGUCGGGCGCCCUCGAGCAGCUCGAAGCGCUUGCACAGCAGGCCCUGCAGCAGUGGCAAAAGGUGCGCGAGACAAGAGGCUACCAGGACAAGAUCGACGCCUUGGACCGCGAAUUCGUCUGGGUCCAGGUCCACGAUGCCCACGCACAGCUCGAACACGCCGUCUUGAAGACCGAGCGCAUCCGCACCAAGCUCGUCGCCUGCGACAAGAGCCUCAACGAGUGUCUCGAUGCGCUCAAGCAGUGCGAGGAGCGCAUCGUCCGUCUCGAGGGCGAGAGCAACAACUUUGACGACGACUUCACCCCGCUCCAGCAGGAGUACGAAGGGCUCGUGCGCAAACAGAAGGACAUCUCCAACCAGAUCAAGGCCUUCAACGUGCAAGAACGCGAACUCAACGACAACAUCAGCGAGCUGAACAAAGGCAUCGAGAGAUACGAAGACCAGAUCCGCGAAGAAACCGCCAAGCUCGCCGACGAAGGCAAAGCGCGUCGCGAGCAACUCGAGCAAGAACGCCAAGCGCUUCAGACCCAACGACAGACCUUGCAGGACGAAGUGGUAGAGAAGGACGAGCAGCUGCGCGAGCUGGACGCCAAGCGCGAGGACGCCGCUCGACGCGAGCAAGAAGAGACCGACCGUCUGCAGCGGCUCAAGAACGAGUAUCAGCGCAACAGCUCCGGAUUGACGCAGCUUCGCGAUAGUGCACGCAACCGCCUCGUCGCCUACGGUGGCUCCAAAGUCCCCGUUCUGCUCCAGGCCAUCAACAACGAGCCAGGAUGGAGAUCCAAACCCAUCGGACCUCUCGGCACGCACGUCAAGCUCAAGGACAUGCGCUGGCAGAGGGUACUCGAGAGUGUCAUUGGCAACACGCUCAAUUCCUUCUUCGUCUCGAACCACCAGGAUCGCCAGCGCCUCAAGAAGAUCAUGGAUCGAGUCGGAUGCCACUCGCCCAUCAUCAUUGGAGCCGACACGCUCUUUGACUACUCGUCGGGAGAGCCGCAUGCCGACAUUCUCACGAUCCUGCGCGUGAUCGAGUGCGACAACGAGAUCGUAAAGCGCCAGCUCAUCCUCUCAGUGCACGUGGAGCGCGCUGCGCUCGUCGACAAACGUGCCGACGGCGACAGGCUGAUGCGCACGCAGCCGUACAACGUCCAGGCGUGCUUCUCGGCAGACAUGUUCAGCAUCAGCGGUGGUCAAGCCGGCUCGCUCUCUGCUGCGCUCCCGGAGCACCGAGGAGCGCCGCGGCUGUCUCAGAACGUCGCCGACGCCAUCCGCAAUCUCGAGGCCGAACAACAACGGCUGGACCAGGAGAUCGCCCAAUGCCAGCAGGCGUUGCGCGAUCUCCGCCAGGAGAAGACGGCGGCCGAACGGCAGAAGGACGUUUGCAGGCGAGAGCUCGGCGAGAUGCGCAGGCGCAAAGACAUGCUGCGUCAGGAAAACGUGCGGCUGGACGAGCAGAUGCAGGAAGCUGCGCCGGGCAACAUCUCGGCGCUCGAAGACGCCAAGCGCGAGAUGGAGACGCAGAAGGAGGUGAUCAUGCAGCAGUUCGAGGAGAUCCAGACACAGAAGGCCGAGGUGGUCGCGCAGAGGGCGCCGGUGCAAGCCGAGAUCCAGGCGAUCGACGAACGCAAGCGCCAGUUCGAGGAGCAGAUGAGCAGCCUCCAGGGGCGUCUGGAAACGGCCGUGGCGGAGCGAGUCAAGCAGACCAACAACCGCGACUACUGGAAGCGGAAGCGCUCCAGCAUCCAAGAGGACGUCGCGGCGAGCGAGCAAGAGGAGGCGACUCUCGAAGAGGAUCACCGCUCCCUGGAGGAGAAGGCCAAGGAGUACUGCGACGAGGUGGAGACGCGGCGCACGAUGGCCGAGAUCGAGGCGGAGAAGAAGCAGCUGCAGCUGCUCAAGAAGAAGGCGGCGUCCGAGGCGGGCGUGAGUCUGGAGCAGGCGGCGGAGGAGCUGCAGAAGCGCAAGCGUGCACUCAGCGAGGCGCAGGAGGAGGUGGCGAGCAUGAACGAGGCGGAGCGGCGGCUGCGACACUCACUCGAAGUGCGCUAUGCAAAGUGGAGCUUCUUCCGGCGCUCCAUCGCGGUGCGGGCCAAGAGCAACUUUGCGAAGAAUCUGUCGAUGCGCGGCUACGAGGGCACGCUCAAGUUCAAUCACAAGGCGGAAAAGCUGUCGCUGGUGGUGAUCACGCAGGAUGCGGCCUCGCGGUCGGGCGCGGCGACGCCGACGCAGCCGCAGGCACCGCAGCAUUCCAACAAGGGCAUGUCUGGUGGCGAGCGCAGUUUCGCCACGGCGUGCCUGCUGCUCUCGCUGUGGCAGGCCAUGAGCUCGCCGAUUCGAUGUCUGGACGAAUUCGACAUCUUUAUGGACCAGGUCAACCGGCGCGUGGCGCUCAAUAUGAUCCUCAACGAGGCGAAGGCCACGCCGCACGUGCAGUACAUUAUGAUCACGCCGCAGGACAUGCCGGACAUGAAGGCCGAGAUGGACGGCGUACGCAUGCUGGUCGUCAACCCGCCCGAGCGUGGGCAAGGCGCCCUGGCUGGCUAG